AUGCGGAAAAUAUUCGUUCGAGAAAUUAUGAGCACCGCAAGUCUAGAGGCGUUCAACAAUCUCCGUAGGGAUGUCGUCAGAAAGGCCGUCAGGCAUAUCGGAGCCGGUGCAGGAAAGCCCGUGAAAAUCGGUCAGUUGACUUUUCGAAUCGAGCUUGAUGUCAUACUGAACAUGCUGUGGAGCUGUGAGACGCUCGGGGCGGAACAAGGGGAUACGAUCGCGGAGGAGUUCUUUUCCGUGGUCACGAAGCUUAUUAAUCUAUUGGGAAGACCGAAUAUUUACGAUUACAUUCCGGUUCUUGCCCGGUUCGAUAUUCAAGGAGUAAAGAAACGGAUGGAGAGUUAUCGGAAAUCCUCCCACAGGAUCUUCGACGUUGUUAUUGCCGAACACAAAAAGAAGACGUCUUCCGGAGAAAUCAAGAAAGAUUUUCUCCAGAUUCUGUUGGCGCUUCAAAAGAACGAAGAUUCGCGCAUAUCAAUCAAUGAUACACAAAUCAAGGCCAUAAUGAUGGAUAUGGGAGGGUACACCAUACCGAGGUCUCCAUCCAAAUCAUCCACCGUGGGAGGGUACACCAUACCGAGGAAAACCAUGGUCUAUAUAAUUGUUCGAUCGAUCCAAAGAGAUCCUUCGAUUUGGGAUAGUCCACUGGAAUUCAAGCCGGAGAGAUUUCUUCAUGAUGAUGAAAAUAGUAAAUGUGAUUUUAGAGGUAAUCGUUUUCAUUAUCUCCCGUUUGGAACGGGGAGAAGGAUAUGUGCCGGCAUUCCGUUCGCCUAG